GUCAUGCCCCGCGGGUAAAGAUGGCGACAGCUGAGCAGGGCAGCGGAUCAACUUUCUUGGAGCGGCUAUGAGCGGAUUUCCUGCCGCGGACGGAGCGUCUUAGCCGGCCUCAGCCCGCCCCACUGCUCGGAGCUCCAGCGCGGUCCUCGGCGCUGCUGUCCGGCAUCGGAUCGGUCCGGAGCCCCCUCCCUCGGCUCUCCUGCUCCUCCGGAGGAGCGGAGCGGAGCUCGGACAAAGUUUCCUCUCCUCCCCGGGACCGAGCGGCGCGGACCAGGCCUCAGGUAGUGAGGGAGACUGAGGGAGGGAGAUUCGUGUUGUUGUUGAAGUGGAGGAGGCAGAGCUGACGGUUGACUGAGACACCAUCUGUCCUCACUGCGUCACGAGGAGAAUUGGACAUGCUCCGCCGCUCGCAGGACACAUGAGCCACAGAGCUCACCUGCUCAGGUGCUUUCAGGCAGUGUGAGGGUCGCACGGCGGCAGGAGGAGGAGCUGUGUGUGCGCUGACCUACAAGGCUGGAUCGUCCUGUGGAUGACCUCUCGGGACUCACUCACCCUUCAGGACUGACAGACCGACACAAAGUCACGCAGGAAAGAAGCACGGCCUAGGAUGGCGAGUGCGGCGCCAGCCAGGAAGCCGUACCGCAAGGCUCCACCGCAGCACCGCGAGUCACGCCACGCCCUGCCCACUGCUCCCCCGCCACCUGCACCGCAGCCCGACAUCAAUCAGGAGGCGUUGUCGGACUCGGACAGGAUCAGAAUCCUCCAGCAGCAGAAUGAGGACCUGCGGCGCCGCCUCUCUCUCACCACCCAUAAGAUGGAGGCCAUGGAGGCGGAGUUUGACAGCAACCGCCACUACAUGGAGGCAGAGCUUAGCCGGACCCGAGACGACCUGGACAAGAUGAGAGACAAGUUCCGCAGACUCCAGAACAGUUACACAGCGUCUCAGAGAGCCAAUCAGGAUCUGGAGGAGAAACUUCACGCUCUGGCUGCCGUCAGUCAGACAUGGGUUCAUGCACUACGGAAGGUGGAGAGGGACAAGAAGACGAUGGACCAGGAGAUCGUGCAGCUCACCAACAAACUGCUGGACGCUAAAAACACCAUCGACCGUCUGGAGGAGCUCAACGAGCGUUACAGGCAGGACUGUAAUUUGGCCGUUCAGCUACUCAAGUGCAACAAGUCGCACUUCAGGAACCACAAAUUUGCUGACCUGCCCUCGGAGCUUCAGGACAUGCUGAACAAACACAUGAAGAGCAGUCUCCCGGAGCGAGGCCCCGCCCCCGGCUCUCAGGACCCAGACACGCUCAGUUUGACGCCUGCCGACGUCGUGCCGACCUCAGUCAUCGCCCGUGUCCUAGAGAAACCCGAGCCGCUGGUCCUGAACUCUGCACAGUCCAGCAGCUGCGGCCGGCCCGUCGCCGAAGACGUCUUCGUGCACGUGGACAUGACGGGCCCCAGGGGCUCCGAGGGGCGAGGCCGGGAGAACGGUGCCGGUCAGGAGGCGUCGCAGCAGAACGGCUCGUGUCGCAGUCAAAGCAGCUUGGAUGAAGAGGCAGGCGGAGCUCCAUCUUUCGAGAAGCUGAACCCGUACCCGGCGCCGCCUCCGCCCCACCCCCUCUACCCCGGACGCAAGGUCAUUGAGUUCUCGUCGGACGACAAAGUGAAGAUCCCGAAGAACUCUCCGCUGCCCAACUGCACAUACGCCACGAGGCAGGCCAUCUCGCUCAGCCUCGUGCAGAAUGACGACGAGCGGCUGGCCCCUGGCAGCCCCGCCCCCUCCUCCUCCUCUGGCGGAGGGGGCGGAGCACAACGGCGCACGCCACCAUCACAGAGAGACGCCACCAGUGAGCCGCUGUCCAGCCAGUCCAGCCCUUUCAGCAGCCCGCCUCAGGCACCCAGUGUCUUGGCGAGCUCUGGCAGCUCCGAGGAAGACCUGCUCGCCAACUGGCAGCGGAUGUUCGUGGAGAAGAUGGCACCGUCCAGCGACGGCACGCUGCUGCACCGCACGUCCUUCAGUAGUCAGACGGCUCAGGAGCUGCAGAGGAGGAGGCAGGUGGCUGUGGGAGUGGCCUCCUCCUCAGACCGGCACAGGGCGGCGUACUCUGAUGGCGAGGAGGGCUCGUCGGCGCGCAGCUGGACGCCGAGCCGUGGCUCCAGCCUCGACACGGACACGGACACCGAACAGCGGGUGGGGAGGCGGGGCUGCUACGGCGGCAGGGACGGCUCGGAGGAGGAGGGAGAGCAGCUGCUGAUGAACCUGGAUGAUGAUGGCGGGAGCGGGGACACUGCGGUCACCGUGGUGACCAGCCCCGGCGACGCCCGCAGGAAGCUGGAGGAGGAGGGCGAGAGCUCAGGGGAGGAGAGAGACAUCCUGCCCCACGAACUGCCUGUCAUUUCGCCCCGUCUAAUGGACUUGGACCCCGCCCUUGGCGCCAUCGCGCCACAUCGGCCCCAGAAGAGCCCGAAGAGGAUGGGCGUGCACCACCUGCACCGCAAAGACAGCCUGACCCGCGCCCAGGAGCAAGGCACGCUGCUGGACUGAUUCUCGCUCGCCCCGCACUGUGCGCCGCUGACCUGAUGCUGAGGUCAGAGGUCACACCCAUCCAGGAUAUAGCCAUACUCUACCGUAUGCUGCCGAGCUCGCUGCCCCACCCGGGUGUGUGCAUGAGACACGAAUCGCUGCAUGUCCACGUACUUUUGGUCUGAUGACGUGUCCAGAGUGGUGAUGAUGUAGCAGAGAGGAGACAUGGCCAGAAGUAUGUGGACAUGUCAAUCGUAACGCUUGGCAAACCGUGUGUGUGUGUGCGUGGGCCUCAUUCACUAACAGUACGUCCACACAAAUCUGUGAUUUCUGUUUUCGUACCUGAAUCCAUACGUGCGGUCAGAGAACGCUGCAGUGUCCGCGUCACAUAUUCAGCACUCCCAUUAGCCUGACGGUCACUUUGUUUGUCUACAUUUGAACAGUGGUCGCUUCCUCCUCGGACACUAUAAUUCAAGUUUCUUUUUCUUCGCCUCAGACACGUAAGCGUGUGUCCUUGGAUAGAAAAUUGGGGGCGGGGCUAUAUGUGGACAGUAUGCUAAUUAUAUUGCGAUUGCUCAGGGCUGAUUAAUGGAAACAGGCCGGUACACAUGUGAAUCCAGCUGUAAUAUGGCGCCAUUUAAGAACGUUUCCACGCAAAUAUUGGUGAAUGAGGCCCAUAGAGUUCUGAUCAGCUGAUUAUCAAUCAAUCAUCAGAUAAUGUCCAUAAGUAUGUGGACAGCCUAAACUGAAGUUUGACAUUCCUGUGAAUUUGGAAAAAAAAUAGUUUUGACUGUUUGGGUAUCGGUGCUCCACGAAAAUGUCCGCAUAUUUAUGUCCAUAUGGCGUCUUUGAUUAUGAGUCUGCAUAUAGUUUAUACAGUAUGAGCAAAAGUAUGUGGACAAUUAAAGGUUCAUUUAAAUUCUGAACAAUCUACAUUCAAAACCACGUCAGGCAUUUGUGCGUGUGUGCGUGAGAGAGAUGGAGCAGAAAAACAGAUUUUAAAAGCAAAACUUUACCGGAUGUAUUUGCCUUGUUUCCUGAGCAGGAACUUUUAUUUUGAAGAGACACACACACACACACACACACACACAGACAGUGCCUCGCGCGCCCUCAGUCUCUCACUCUCUCACUCCAUGGUUGAGAGUGUGACACCGGGCACACUAAGUCUUUUUACUAAGACUUUUAUUUUGAAGUCAGUACUAAUCAUUGAUUUCCUGUUGUUUAGUCAGCUGAUUGAUUUGUUGUGGAGCUGCAGACUGAGGUUUGGCCUCUGACCCAGAUUCACCUCUGCCCCCUCGAACACUAGGACUGCGCCUGUGGGUUGGGGGCGGGGCUUCUCUUCGACUCACACCUGGAAUGUACCAGUUUUGUUUUUUUGCUGUCAUGUUUUUGUUCUUUUGUUGUGAAAUGUUGAGUAUUGAUCUGUUAUUAGUUUUAUUGUUUGCCGUUUAUUGAUUUGUGGUUUUUCUGAUCAGUUUGUGCUUUUGUCGUGCGUCUACGGAAGCCUGGCGGUCACAGAAAUGCUCAGUUUCAUUUAAAUGAUGAUUGAAAACAAAAACUUAACUAAUAUUCCUUUAAGUAGCAACCUGAUUCCUACAAAAUAAAAGCCUCUAUAGUGAGGGAAAGUGGGGUUAAAACUAGAAAUCAAAGGAUCUGUUUGACUUCCUGCAGCGCCCCUGGUGGCCUGGAGCAGUUUAUAUUUGUGGCACCUGUGAGCCUCCAUACGUGACCUCAGUCUGUUCUUCUGAUCGAAUGUCAGCUCGUUGCCUCCUCACAGCUCUGAUUGUCACUCCCACCGAGGCCCGACGUUGGGUCGUCGAUUGCCCCGCCUCUCUGACUAACGAAGGUGAUCUAUCAUUGGACGGAUUAAUGCUGGAAUGUUCAGGGGCUGUUUUCAGGUUUCCUGCAGAGAAAACUAUUUACACAAACAGGAGCUGCUCACAGGUUUCAGUCACUUUCACGGGACGUGAUGUCACAGCGCAGAGCGCUGCAGUCGCUGACAGGCGUGUCACCAUGAAGCGAGGCUGCUCGCUGAUGUGGUGGGAAGGUCGAGUUGUGGUUGCGGCGUAGCGACAAUUGGCUGUUUGACGAGUUUCAGCGCUGUCUGAGACGUAAACUGCCGGUGUGCACACUCCGUGACAUUUACACACCUGUGCGUAUGUCUGAAACUCCACGGACUAAACGCUGCACGAGCAUUUUGAACGAUGCACGCCGACACUUAUCGGAAGUCCGGUUGCUGUGGCAGCAGGGAAGUUCAUGCCUCCCUCCUCCUCUGGGGAAAUGUCGUGGCGUUCAUGUUCAUGUUUAUGGCAUUUCUCAACAGCGAUGCGCCACCCGGUGGCAGAUGGCUGCAUAAUAUUUAGGGAACAAUCGUUUACCGCCAAUGGUCAAUUCAAAUUUUACUGACUGGAUUAACUUGUACAUCUGGUACCUACUAGUGACGGCAGCGACCACGCAAUGACCACAUGUGAGGUCAGAUGUGCCCGCUCCUGUAACUCGCAGUUCAAACAGGAAGUGAGGCAUCUGGGUCCGACCGUGGCAUCGUGGGACUCUGGGGUGUUGAGUUUUACUUUUUCUUUUUUUUAAUCGUAACUUUGACGAUGCGAAUCAGCACGUGACAUCUCGCUGAAGGACGCCAUCUCUGUUUGUGACCUCACAACAUGCUGCAUCUGCCCCACAAUACAUCGUGAUGAUGUCACAGUGAUGUAGUUUUCCCAGUUUUACAGGGUGACAGAAUGCAUGAUGGGACACAAAGACCAAGAGUACACACUGAUUCAGCUGAAAUUAAACAGCAGAAAAAGUAAACUAAUCCGCACCAGAUGUCACGCCGGAGCAUCGAACCCUGAGCGUGUCCAGGUGGACUGUGUGUGGUGGUGGUGUGGGGGGGUUGUGUUGAUAGAGACGUGAGGUGUUUGUGAGGACAUUUCAGGCAUUUUUCCAGUGGAAACACUGAGGUGAAGGUGGGCGGGGCUUCCUAGACUUCAGGUGUAUAACACAUAGACGAGCGGAGUGAGCGGUUCAAAGCUCCGAGCUGAUGAAACAUUUAAACCUUUUUUUCCUUUUGCGAGUCCUUCAUCCUGCAGACACGUCGUCCUCCUGCUGGAGUCGUCAGCUGCUGUUAAAUUAUUCACCUUUUUUCCGUCUCGCUAAUAUUUCACAGUCUCUGUGUGUGUGUGUGUGUGUGUGUGUGUGUGUGUGUGUGUGUGUGUGUGUGUGACUCUGUGAGGAAUGAGGUCACUGAGACUUUCCAAACAGACCAGGUUUCAGGGUCGGAGUCCUGGGACCGUUUGAGGCUGAGAGUCCUCACAAAACCAAAAUACGUGUGUUCGUGCGUGCGUGCGUGUCUGUGCGUGCGUGCGUACGUGUCUGUGCGUGUGUGUGUGCGUGUGUGUCUGUGCCUGCGUGUGUGGUGUGUGUGUCUGUGCCUACGUGUGUGUGUCUGUGCCUGCGUGUGUGUGUGUGAGAGAGCGGGUAUAAAUAGAUGAUACAUGAGGACUCGUACAUCUUUAAUGAUGCAACUUGUCAGAGCGAUGACAUCACUCUGCUUGUUUUAACCUUCACAUUAAAACGCUUCACAGCGUCAGUGUGUUGUGUUGUAGUCUUUAGUUAAUACUUUUCAGAAUAAAAGCAUUAACUAAAGAGGUAGGAAACGGUGAUGAACAACUCUGGUGAUCUGAGGUCAGGCUGAAGUGGCGUUUUCUUGUCUGCUUCCUCUUUAAAGUGACUCGGUGUCCCAGCAUGCAUCAGGGAAACAUGCAGGUGUUCCCGGCAGUGGGUCCUUGAUUUCCAGGCCCUGUGACGGCGGUGAGCAACUCCUGUUGUCGUGUUCGUCUGAUGUUUUUUGGAAGCUCCAUUAUCAGAGCGUGCUAACGUGUGGCGUCGCGCUGUCAUGCGUCUCCUUUUGCGGUGCAGAUGAUUUUUAAAAAAUGGCAUUGAUGAGUCAGAUCCUGUUUGUCCGUCUGGAAGCAUCUGUAUUAGUUCGCUCACCUGUGCAAGUGGAGCUGGGCAGCCUCACUGUUGGCGCUAAAAAGGUAAACACACGUUUCUACUGUAUUUUUUUUUUUUUUUUUCAUUCUGUUUCGAUGUGUCUGCACCAAGCCGACUCCAUCAUGGCUGCGGGGGUGGGGGCUUAUGUGAAGAGGACAUGGAGUCACCCGAGGACCGACAAACAGUAACUAGUGGGGGAGUGGCUGAUUGUAACCCACCCCCCCUCACGCUUUACCCCCAACGGGUGCUGUCUGAGGUCGCUGACCUGUGACCCCGGGCGCGGUGUUUUCGGGGUCAGCUGGGUGGUUUCCUGUCCUUGCCGCGUCUCGCAUGGCGGACAGAAACGGACUGUUAACCUCUGGCGAUUUUAUUUUCUCAGUUUGUAAACAAUGUAUAUUUUAAAGCUAAUAAAAUAUUUUA